AUGAAUAACACUAAUUAAUUUAAAAAUUAAAAUUUUACCGUUCACAUGUAUGAAAUGAGAAGACCAUUAUCUGAAAAGAAUUUGGGAAGGUAUAUCCCAGAACAAUCAAGGCCUAGUUCGGUUAACUAAAUAAAAUAAUUAACACAGAUGAAGAGUUCAACUCAAUUGAGCAAAUAACAUUUUUAGUAUAAGGAUCAGAAGGAGAACAUGGAAAUCAGAUCCAAUCAAUAAAAUACAAUUAAUCAGAAACCAAACACGAAAGAGAUCUUUGAGUAUACAAAAUUAUAAGACAAGUUGUCAUAUUUAGAAUAGAAGAUUAUUAAUAUCAAAUCUCAUAUAGAUAGCAGUUAAAGACAAACUAAGCAAGGUUUGGCAUCCAGAUUUUUUAAUACUAAAAUUACUGAGCAAUAAUAACAAUAAUAGCAGAAUAUUAAUAAACCAAAAAUCAGUAAAAAUGAUCUUGAUUUAAACUAAAUACAAAAUAAACCAAAAUCAAGCACUAUAGUAAAAGAUCCAAGAGCAAUAUCAAAUGAUAAUCUCAAUAAGAAGCCAUCCCUUUCGACCUUUGUAACUUAAUAGAAAACAAGCGCUGAAACCAACAUCUAAAAAAUAAUCUAAAUUCAUCCUGAAUCAGCUAAAGGAGUGAGUUAGAGGAUAGCAUUUUCAAACAAUCACAGAGAAAGAUCAACAAGGUCUGAAACUCAAUUUCUAUAUUAUAUUUCAUCUGUGAUUAGAUGUUAUAUGACACCAGAAAUCACAAAACCAAUAUAAUAGGUGAGGGAACAUCUAGUUUAAUCAAUAUCAGCUGCUUAGUAUUCUAAGAUGAUGAAUUCGUAGUAGUAUGAAGAGAAGAGAGUAAACCUACCUUCGAUUUCAUUAAAAAAAACAAUAGUUUUUGAUUUAGAUGAAACUUUAAUUCAUUGCAAUGAGUCAGUAAAAGUGCCAGGAGAUGUCAUUUUACCUAUAAGAUUUCCCACAGGGGAUGUAAUUGAAGCAUCCAUUAACAUUAGACCUUAUGCUCAAUAAGUAUUAUAGACUUUGAGUAGACAUUUUGAAUUGAUUGUAUUCACGGCUUCACAUUCUUGUUAUGCAAAUGUUGUGAUUGAUUACUUGGAUCCAACAAAACAAUGGAUAUCGCAUCGAUUCUUCAGAGAGAGUUGUGUAUAGACUGAAGAAGGAGCCUAUGUUAAGGAUCUAAGAGUCAUUGGAAAUAGACAGUUAUCGGAUCUGGUACUAGUAGAUAAUGCUGCAUAUUCAUUUUGUUUGUAGCAAUUAAAUGGUAUUCCGAUCCUGAAUUUCUAUGAUAAUAAAUCUGAUUAAGAAUUACUUUAUUUACAAAACUAUUUAAUGGCUAUGAAGUAUGCAAAGGAUGUGAGAUAAUUUAAUUAACAGUAUUUAAAACUAGAUAGAUUUGGAGAGUUCAAAGAUCCAAUUUAGUUAAUAGAGACAUUGUUCAAGGAGUAUAUACCAUGA